ACUAACCUAAUAAUUCGGGUUUUUUGGGAGCAGUUCCGAACCACUCUGAUAACAUCCAUGUUGAAUAAAGUGAGAGUAUAGAGAGUAUAGAAGUUGAUUUGAUGACAUAUUAAAAUAUAGGGACCAAACAUGAUUUUUAUCAACAUAGCAGUCACUCACAAACACGUGCUUUCACCUAGCAUGCCGGCAUCACAAUUCCCAGUCCAACUUCCAUCCUUGCCGGUGACGGAAUAUAGCCCCCACCAAUCACAUUCCUCCACCUCAUCCUUUCCCUUCCGUUCCUCUCCCAUCACUUUUCUCCUCUUCACCGCCACCGUUUCUUUCCCGUCAACCAUAAAAAACCCAACACCUUGGAAAAAAAAAAAACCACCCCCUGCCCUCUCUCAUCAGAAUCAUCAAAAUCAGAUCUGAUUGUUAUUUCAUCGACCGUCGAUCAUGGAAGACGACGAUGAGGUACAGUCACACUCAAACACCACCGAAUAUUCCUCACCGUCACCACCACCACCGAACGGAAGAAUCACCGUAUCUGCUCCCGCCGCCGUGCAUCCGCAGCCGGCACCACCGCCACCGCAACAGAACAACAAGAACCGCUUAGCAAUUGUUUUGCCGACGAAGCCGAAAGCGAGCGGAGGCGGAGGCGGAGGAGGAGGAGGAGGAGGAAGAGAGGACUGCUGGAGCGAAGGAGCAACGGCGGUGUUGAUCGACGCCUGGGGAGAAAGGUACUUAGAGCUAAGCAGAGGGAAUUUGAAGCAGAAGCACUGGAAGGAGGUAGCGGAAAUUGUAAGUAGUAGAGAGGAUUAUUCUAAGUCUUCGAAAACUGAUAUUCAAUGUAAGAAUAGAAUUGAUACCGUGAAGAAAAAGUAUAAAUUGGAAAAAGCUAAAAUUGCUUCAGGUGGAGGGCCGAGUGGUUGGCCUUUUUUUGAUCCUUUGGAUAGAUUAAUUGGCUCCACAGCGAGGAUUCCUGUUGUUGGAAAUGGUAUUGUGGGUGGUAAAAUUCCUACUAGGGUUCGUAGUGGUAGUAGGAGGGGUGGUGUGAAUCAGUAUCAUUAUCGGAAUCAGAAUGUGAAAAUUCGGAUUCUGAAACAUGAGGAGGAUGAGGAUGAUGAGGAGGGUGAGGAAGAGGAGGGGGGUGCAGAAUCGGAUGAUAGUUUUCCGCCGAUGAAGAAGAGGAGGGUGGCGGUGGAGAGGGAAGUGAGGGGGAAAGUGGGGAAGGAAAAAAGAGGAGGAGGGUGGGGGAAUUCGAUCAGGAUGUUGACGCAAGCAAUGGUGAAGUUUGGGGAAGCCUAUGAACAAGCUGAGAGUGCCAAGUUGCAGCAAGUGGUGGAGAUGGAGAAGACGAGGAUGGAGUUCGUGAAAGAGUUGGAGUUGCAAAGGAUGCAGUUUUUUAUGCAGACACAAAUGGGGAUUUCGCAGUUGAAGAAAGCAAGAAGGGGAGGGAAUGCUACCAGUAAUCAUUACCAUCAUCAAUACCAUCGUCAUCAUACUGCAGAUAACUAAUUGUAGCUGAACAGAAGCUAUUAUAAAGAAUGGUAUGCGAGAGCGAUUUCAGAGUGACAUGUCAAACGGGAGAUAAUUUCUGUCUCUUUUCAGCACUGUCUCCUCUCCCCUUUCUUUUCUUGCUUCCUCCCCAUGAGCUCGCAUCCUCCUUCCCUUCUGUUCUUUCAAUCUAUUGGAGAAGAUGUCGUAUUGGUGGUGAAACUGCUUGCCUACAAUAUUUGUGUUCUGACCUUCGUUGGUGUCUAUGGCUUUGUUGCCGCCUUCUAGCCAUUUGGUGUUGCACGGUGCUGCUGCUUUUUGGCUCUUUGAUUUCAUAGAAAUGCUGUUCCCUCAUCUCCGGUGUUACAUCGGCAGCUGCUGGCUCCUCUUGUAUCUUUUGGGUUAUGGCAUCAUUUGGUUCCUGCCAUUUUCUAUUCUCCGGUCGUGGAAGCUGACUGCAAUCCUCCGAUUCUGUUCUCAUAGUCAGAUGCUUCCUCUGUUUUCUCCUGGCAUUAAAAUUACAGCUUACCCUCAAAUCUUAUUGCCUCUGGUCAUUUUCUUGAAUGGUGCUUGGUGUUGUCUUCUAGUGUCUGCAGUAUCGUAAUUCGCUGGAGUUUUUGUAGUAUUUGAAUUGUGGGUGAUUGAGCUGCAGAAUUUGUGCAAUUGAAUUGAAUUUGUGCUA